GCUUGUCAAGUUACAGGCUGAAAAUGAAAGUGUAACUCUGAUCUCCGUCUGAGAUAAGUGGCAGUACUUAACAGGUGUGUUAUGGGAACCUUCAGCAGACGAGGCCUUGUGCUGAUGUGUGUUACCUUCACCAUAUCAUACAGCGCUAAUGCAGAAGACAUCAACUCAAUUUUAAUAGUUCCCUCUACUCCUGUGAUCGUCACAACUGGCCAUGAUGUCCUCCUGCCCUGCUACCUUUCUCCGGAAAGAAGUGCGGUUUCCAUGGAAAUCAGGUGGUUUCGAAACCAAUUCAGUGAUUAUAUAUACCUGCACAAACCCGGGAUUGACAGUAAGGGCAAUGGCUAUGUGGACAGAGUGAGGUUAUUUUCUCAGGAACUGGAGAAAGGCAACGUGUCACUGUUGCUUACAGACGUCAGGCUGGCAGAUCAAGGUGACUAUAAGUGUCACGUCAGCCUUGGUGACUGGUUUGAGGAGCCCACCCUGGAGUUAACAGUCAGGCAACCAGGAAGCAACCCAAUCAUUGAGGUUCUAAAACGUAACAGAGAUUCAAUAGAACUACGAUGUAGCUCUGAGAACUGGUAUCCAGAACCCAACAUGCUUUGGACAGACAGUAAUGGGAGGGAGAUGGAGGCCCAGACAGACAAAGCCAAUCAGAAAUCAGUGGGUGAAGCCUACAGCAUCAACAGUCAAAUUAACAUCAAUCAGUCCUUCGAAGACGUUGUGAGGUGCCUUGUGGGAGAACAGAACCAGAGAAUCCAUUUUGAGUCUUUAAUAAGGAUUAGUGACGGCUUUUUCAUGAGCACCAUACCGGAUCGGAUUUACAUCUCUGCUGCUGUCAUUCCUGUCACAGUGGGUCUGGUAUUAAUCCUUGUUGCUGUGUUAAUUGUAAACAACCAGAAGAAAGGUACUCUGUGCUUUUAUUUUGUUUCUAAUAUUGCUUACAAUUAUUCUCUUGAAAGCAGUCUGUAUCGACUAAAAGAUGUGUGGAACUACAUCAUUAGUUCUGCAGAUGACGUGACUCUGGAUGAAAAAACAGCACAUCCGAGACUCAGAGUUGCUGAAGACUGCAAAUCUGCUGGAUGGGUGGAAAAGGAUAAAGCGGCAGAUGGAAAAAACAAGGCAAAGGAACAUCCCAUUGAUGUAAACAGCAAACGGUUUGAUGAUCAAUGCUGCGUGCUGGCGAAGGAGGGAUUCACUUCUGGGAAGCAUUACUGGCAGGUGGAAUUUGGAAAGGAAGCUGAGUGGUAUGUUGGAGUCGGUAAAGAGACCAAGGACAAACGGGAAAUACUUACUUCUGAAAAGGACUACUGGAUCUUAAAUUCAUCAUCAGACAAGCCGCUUUCUGCAAGCACGGCUCCAGCCACAAUCCUCCCUACUAAUCUGAAGCCAGAGAGGGUGGGGGUGUAUUUGGACUAUGAGGAAGGUCAAAUUUCAUUUUACAAUGUGGACCGUAGAUGUCAUAUAUACACAUUCAAAGAUGAGUUUACAAUAAAGCUCUUUCCAUUGUUUGGAGUCAAAUCGGAAUGUUUUAAGAUAUUUACAGUCUCAGAUGUGAAAAAUGAAGAAAGUGACAUCGCCAAAGGUGCUACAGUAUCUUCACUGGGGAGGAGCAAUAUGUUUAAAGAUGACUGCACCCAGCGACGGAGUUGGCUGUUUGGGCGGAAGCUUGUGAAGUUCCUGUUUUUGCCUUUCUUUAAGCUACUUAUGACUUUUAUUUAUCAAACCUAUAAACAUGGGGAAAGGGACUGGGGUCAACAGUGGAAGAGAACAAUCUUAAAAAUGUCCAGGGAAAAGUUAUGUAAAGGCCUAUCGCUUGUAUUACUAAUUUUCUUGCUCUGCUUACUGAUCUAUUUUAGUUCUGUCACCCUGCCAGAGAAGAACCCCCCCUUUUACUCCUGGCUUCCGGUGUUGGGAGCAGUUUGUGUUGCAGUAAAAUUGUCGUUUGACAUCUUUGAUCUUUAUAAGUACACGAAAAGGGGAACUCCAGAAUUUCAAGUAUUAGAUACUUCAAAUGAUGACGUUGAUGGUGUGCAUGCUUUGGGAGGAGAAUCAAGGCCGAAUCAGGUGUCCCAGGAAAGAUGCUUUCUGUGGAAUGAACGGUAUGAAGAAAAGGGUUGUCAGGUUGAUGGCUCUCUGUGGAAUGAAUGGCAUGAAGAAAAGGGUUGUCAGGUUGAUGGUUCUCUGUGGAAUGAAUGGCAUGAAGAAAAGGGUUGUCAGGUUGAUGGCUUUCCUUGGAAACAACAGCAUGAGGUGGACAUAACCCUAGAUAGAGGCACAGCUCAUCGCAAGCUGAAGAUAUCGGAUGAUGCUAAAGAAGUCCAGUGGAUAGAAGAGGGAAUACAGAGUGUGUCUAAGGAGAGCAACCGCUUUGAUACUGAGCCAUUUGUACUGGGAAAUAUCAUGCGUUCCUGGAGAAGCUACUGGUGUGUUGAUGUGGAGGGAAAGGAGGACUGGGUCUUGGGUGUAGCUGCAGAUACAUCCAGCAGAAAAGGCCAACUGGAAAUGAGCCCCAGUAAUGGAUUUUGGGUAAUCAGGGUGUCAAAUGGCAUGAGUGUGAAGAUCAUGACCGAGGAGGUAGAGGUCCGGACAGAUAUACCCAUCCCAACAAAAGUGGGAAUUUACCUUGACUAUGAAGAGAAGGAGGUGUCCUUCUACAAUGCAGUAGAUGGUUUGUGUAUUUACACUUUCAAAGAUGGGCCAGGCUCUGACAGAACUGCCCGUCCCCUAUUCUCUCCAUGGAGCAAUGAUUCAGACAAGAUCUCAGUAUUGUCUAUCAUAUCAUAAGAAAAUAGUGUAUAUGAAACGAAGCCAUGAAAUAUGUGUCAUUUUCAUUAAAUGGUUCAUAUGAAUAAAUAAACAAAUUUAAAAAUA